AUGCGGUGGCUAGAGGUGUUGCUGCUUUGUCUGCUCUGCUGCCAGUCGCUCGCUAAAGAAUACGAGAAUGGAAGCGACGACGCAUUUUGGAUAUCAUGGUUAAAGAACUACACCAUAGAACCGUUCAUCAUAGGCUCACGGAAUGGAGGUGAUAAAGAUUCCAUACCCUACGAUAAAAUCAUAGGCAUUACGAAAGAGAAGUUAUCACAGCCAUUGAAGAAUGAGGAAACCCUGAAAAGCGACAGUGAGACGAGCGCCUUCCUACAAAAUAUAGUUGAGAUAUUAAAAGUAGAACCUCCAGCUGAAGUGGAAGAUGGGACAGGUUCGAUCCAAGAACCGGAUUUAAUAGAGAUACCGAUUGAUUUAUAG